AAUUUUCCAAUUUAAUAAGUAAUAAUAUUUUAUAUAAAUAGAUCACUAAUAAAUUGUUGGAUUUAGGGCUUCUAAAUAUUCUCUUGGGAGGAACCGUCACAGAGCUUAAUCCAGUCUCCCAGAGAUCACCAUUCACAUUGAACAGAAGGUUUAUCAACACAAAGAUCAUGGAGUUUACGGAUUCAGAAACACAAGCACCAGAUGAUUUACCACAUUUGGAAACAAAUUACAAUAAUCCUCCCGCACUUGCUCCAGAAUGUAUAAGCUUCAAAUGGAAAAUUGAAGUGAUAGAUGUCGAUGGAAACAUAGAAGGCAAAAUGAUGACAUCUAAAGAUGUCUGGAAAAUGCAAAACCACCAAGUAAUUGUGCAUUUCGAUGAAGAUACCGGUCAGCCAAUUGGUGAUUCUGGAGGUUUACUUGGAUCAUGGUUGGGGCAAUUAAGCAAUGAUGUCCAUUUGCUACCCAUCAACUACACCGAUUGGAGGUUGGUUAGUCCUCAUAUAAAAACAAGAGCAUGGGAAGUAAUUCAGUCCAAAUUCAGGUUUGAUGAUCCGAUGAUGAGAAAAGAAUAUGUGAUGGGUGCAUUAGGUAGCAGAUGCAAGGAUGUCAAACAACGUGUUUGGAACGAUUACAAAAAAAGUAAUCUGAACGAAACGUUGCAGAAUCGACCCGACAAAAUUCCUGAAGAUCAAUGGUCUCAUUUGGUUCACAUGAGAUUCACCGAAAAGUGGAAGAAAAUGCAAGAGCGGAAUACAAAGAACCAGAAAAAUAAUAUCAUGCCUCACUUAUGUGGAAGGAAGAGUUUUUCAAGAAAAAGAGACGAAAUUAAAACCAAGAUUGGAAAAACGCCAUGUCGAGCUGAGUUUUUCAUUGAGACUCGCAAGAAACAGGAUGGAAGCUUUGUAUGUGAUGAGGCAAAAAUACGCGCGGUUACACUUACGACGUUGUUGAGUCAAAAUCCGCAAGUCACAAACAAUAUUACAGCUAGCUUGGAUGAUGAAUAUAGUCAGGUGUUCGGUCCAGAGCGUCCAGGACGAGUACGUUGUGUUGGUCGUGGGCCCACACCUUCAAGAUUAGUGAAACAUUCAAGUGCACCUAGAAGACAAGAGACAGAAAAUUCUGAAUUGGUCGUCCAGCUGAAGGCACAAGUGAAGGCAUUAGGUGAUCAAGUUAAUGGAAUGUCUAAGUUCUUCCCACAAAUACUUGGUACUUCAACUCGUGAACAGGCAAGUGCAUGGGCUAUAAAUUUUGCAGCGGCUUUUGCGAACAUACCAAAUCCACCAUUUGUAAACAUUCCAAAUCCGCCUAAUCCUCAGGAAAAGGAUAAUGGUGCCAGUGGAUAAACGUUUAAGCGCUUAAGAGUUAUAAAUGCUAGUUAUGAUCAAAAUUUAUUUAGCAAAACGUUUUAUCUACUUUUAGUUUAUUUAUAUUUAUGCAUUUGCACGAUGGAUUGAUUAUGUAAU